CAGAGUACCAUCAUAAACAACAGAAAAGAGGGACCCAGGAGUGCCAGGGAGCUCCUCCUCCCUCCUCCUCCCUCCUCCUCCUCCUUUCUGGGUGCUGCUGGGAGUUGUAGUUUGGGCUGAGCAACUAUGGAGAGGACUAUGGCUAGCAGCUUCGUGCCGGGCGAGAUUGGGUUUUGGGUGGACAGGACGCCGGUUCAUGAGGCGGCCAGGAGAGGGGAGAUCCUCCAGCUGCAAGAGCUCAUCGCCAACGGCGCCUGCGUCAACUUGGUCACGUAUGAUUCCAUCACGCCGCUGCACGAAGCCAGCCUGCGCGGACAGACGCAGUGCGUGCAAAUGCUCCUUGCUGCGGGAGCCCAGGUGGACGCCCGGAACAUAGACGGCAGCACCCCUCUGUGCGAUGCCUGUGCCUCUGGGAGCAUCGACUGCGUGAAAGUGUUGCUCUCGCACGGGGCCAAAGUCAACCCUCCGCUCUACACGGCCUCCCCCCUCCACGAGGCCUGCAUGAAUGGCAGCGCUGAGUGCGUGCGUCUCCUUAUUGAUGUCGGUGCCAACCUGGAAGCUCACGAUUGUCACUUUGGGACCCCUUUGCACGUGGCGUGCGCUAGAGAGCAUCUGGACUGCGUGAAGAUACUGCUCAACGCAGGGGCCAACGUCAACGCAGCCAAGCUCCACGAGACGGCCCUCCACCACGCCGCCAAGGUGAAGAACGCCGAUCUGGUGGAGAUGCUGGUGGAGUUUGGGGGGAACGUUUACGCCAGGGACAACCGGGGGAAGAAGCCUUCCGACUACACCUGGAGGAGCAGCCCGGCCGCCAAGUGCUUUGAGCAUUUCGAAAAAACGCCUCUGAGUUUGUCCCAGCUCUGUCGACUCAGCCUGAGACGCGCCGUCGGUCAGCCAGCCUUGGAGAAGAUCGCCCAACUCCACAUCCCCGCCAGAUUGAUCAGAUUCCUCUCCUACCAGUGAUGAAGGGCGCAGAGGAGCCGCUCGAGGACAGCGCCGAGUCCAUCUUGCGCUAGGAAGCUCUGGCGGCCCUGCUGAUCUCAGACAAAAACCGAAAGAAAACGGCUUUAACGGGUGUAAAUACUAUUUAUGAGACUUCCGUAGUUUAAAGGCUGACCCGUUGUCAGGCUGUUCCCCUAACAAUGGUUUGUUUUGAGUUGCUUCUUUUUCCUGAGCACGCAAGAUCUUUUGCACGACCGCCAGUCAUCCCUGUGGCGAAUCUGCCUAGUGUUAUUAUCACAACGCUCCAGUUGCGGGUGUGAGCGGAGAGGCUCCCGUCCUUGCGUCACAAUGGGUGCGAACUUUGAAGCAGUGACUCAGAGUUCCUUUUCGUAGGUCAGAAACGGGGAUCGUUGGAAUUCUCCAGACAUUGGUGGACUCUCAAAUCCCAGCAUCAAGGAUGCUGAGGGUGGCAUUUUCUUCUCAAAGUGACCCAAAUGCUGUCCCUAGGGAAGGCAAUCCAGGCACCAUCAUUACAUAUCUUUUAGGUGCCUUUUCCCCCCACUGCCAGGCUUUUUUGUUCUUAAUUACCUGUGGCCUCCUUGAGUGUUUGGGAUGUUGUUAUUUAUUAUUUAUACCCCGCCCAUCUGCCUGGGUUUCCCCCGCCACUCUGGGCGGCUUCCAACAAAUAACAAAAUACAUUAAAAUAUCACAGAUUUUAAAACUUCCCUAAACAGGGCUGCCUUUAGGUGUUUUCUAAAUAUCAGGUAGUUGUUUAUUUCCUUGACAUCUGAUGGGAGGGCAUUCCACAGGGCGGGCGCCACCACCAAAAAGGCCCUCUGCCUGGUUCCCUGUAGCUUUGCUUCUCGCAACGAGGGAACUGCCAGAAGGCCCUCGGCGCUGGAUCUCAGUGUCCAGGCUGAACAAUGGGGGUGGAGACGCUCCUUCAGGUAUAUAGGACCGAGGCCGUUUUAAUCCUUCCUUGGGAAAAAAAUUCAAUGAUCUUUUAGGUUUCUCUUUCACAGAAUCGCAGAAUUGCAGAGUUGGAAGGGUCCCAAGGGUCAUCCAGUCCAACCCCCUGCAAUGCAGGAAUGUCAACUAAAGCAUCCCUGGUGGCCAUCCAACCUCUGCUUAAAAACCUCCAAGGAAGGAGAGUCCACCACCUCCCGAGGGAGUCCAUUCCAUUGUCAACAGCUCUUACUGUCAGAAAGUUCUUCCUGAUGUUGAGUCGGAAUCUCCUUUCUUGUCAUUUGAAUGCACUUGUUCGGGUCCUCCCCUCUGGAGCAGCUGAAUAAUAAUAAUAAUAAUAAUAAUAAUAAUAAUAAUAAUAAUAAUAAUAAUACAUUUAUUUUUUAUACCCCACCCAACUGUUACUAACUAUGAUUUCCCGUGAUCUGGGCACUAUUCCCCCCUUUCAUUCUGGCUUUAAUGUAUGCGUUCACACAUUUACCUAUUGCGAGUUGCUUUGAGUUACCUUGGUAAAAAAAGGGGGGGGGAGCGACCGAUAAAUUAAUAAAUAACAGUUUGCAAAAAUGACAAAACAUUAAAACCAAGUAGAACAACCAAGUAAAAACCUAGAAACACAACUGUGCAGAUAAAAUAUAGGUCUGACAGAUACCGCCCCGCCACAAAUACUUGAAACUUUUCUAGUUCAGGCCCAAAAGGUAAAGGGACCCCUGACCAUUAGGUCCAGCUGCAGACGACUCUGGGGUUGCGGCGCUCAUCUCGCUUUACUGGCCGAGGGAGCCAGCGUACAGCUUCCGGGUCAUGUGGCCAGCAUGACAAAGCCGCUUCUGGCGAACCAGAGCAGCGCACGGAAACGCCGUUUACCUUCCCGCCGGAGCGGUACCUAUUUAUCUACUUGCACUUUGACGUGCUUUCAAACUGCUAGGUUGGCAGGAGCAGGGAUUGAGCAAUGGGACCUCACCCCAUUGUGGGGAUUCGAACCGCCGACCUUCUGAUCGGCAAGCCCUAGGCUCUGUGGUUUAAUCCACAGCACCACCCGUGUCCCAUUCAGGCCCCAAAGCCCAGGUUUAAAAAGGAAAGUUUUUGCCUGGUGCCUGAAGAUGUGCAAUGAUGGAGCCUCCCUGGGGAGAGCAUUUCACAAACGGAGCCACCACGGAAAAGGCCCUUUAUUGUUGUUGUGUGGUGGCUGCUGGACUCAGACAUGUCACCUGAAGAUGGACACCCUUCAGGGACAACCCAGUCGUAGGAGACAAGGAGUAUAUCCUUUGGUGACUACCUCUUCAAUGGAUUCUGUGGAAUGCCCCCCGUUUUAAUGAGACACAAAUAAACCUCAGUUCUUCUAAUAAUGCAGCCGGCGUCUCAGGUUUAUGUUGGCCCUGCGCAAUGUCCCUCGUGCGGACGUUUUAUUUGGUCUGACCUGAAUCUAUACAUUGAGCCAAGAGUGGGGAACCGUCACUCAGCCUGAGGGCUGCAUUCCUUGCUGGGCCAUCUCCUGAGGGCCACAUGCCAAUCGCAGGCAGCUGGGACUAGAGGUAAAAGUGGAUGGCGCAAUGGAUAUACAGUGUUGCCUCGCUAGACGAAUGCCCUGUUAGACAAAUUUUUUGCUUAACGGAGAGAUUUUGUGAUCGGAGGUUGC